CAGGAACCAGUGAACCAGCAUGAAGCCACUGGUGGCGCGCCUGCUCCUCUGCUACUCCCUGCUCUGCCUGGCGCCCGCGGCAGCCCCGUUACGCCUGCAGCACGAUCAUGUCCGGGGCCACGGCCACGGCCAUGCCCACCCGCCUCCGUACGCGCGUAACGCGACGGCGUACGGCGUCUCGGCGGCGCUGUGCCCGGGCUGCGGCGCGUGGGCGGACGCGCUGGAGUUCCUCUACUACCACAACCUGGUGCGGCUGGCGUCGCUGGAGCCGCCGCUGGCGUGGUCCCCGCGCCUGGCGUCGUACGCGGGCUGGUGGGCGGCGCAGCGCCGCGGGGACUGCGCGCUGCGCCACUCCUUCCCCGACGGCCAGUUCGCGCUCGGGGAGAACGUCUUCUGGGGCGGGCCCGGCGGCGCGUGGCGGCCCCGGGACGCCGUCGCGGACUGGGCCGCCGAGGGCGCCGACUACUCGUACGCCGACAACGCGUGCGCGCCAGGCCGGGAGUGCGCGCACUACACCCAGAUCGUGUGGCGACGCACCACCGCCGUCGGCUGCGCCCGGGUGGCGUGCGACGGCGGCGGGGUGUUCAUCACCUGCAACUACUACCCGCCCGGCAACGUCGUCGGCGAGAGGCCGUACUAACUAGCUAGCUUAGCAACUCAGUACCCUCGGCCUCGGGGAUUUAUUACGUGACGUGGCGAACGGCCUCGUGUAGCCGUGUCGUGUGUAAAUAAUAUUCAGCGGUCGUUCCGGUGAACAUGAUGGUAAUUCACUCGAGUUUUUCA